AAACUACAUUGUGACUACGGACUAGCCUUUGAUAAUUGAUUUUUGAAAUACUAUUUCGUUUCGUUUUGAUUAUUUCUCUUUCAUUAUUUUCCUGAGUCUAAACAUAUCAUUUUAUGCCAAUUCUCAGAAAAAAACAUAUCAUUUUGUUUCCUAGCGUUUUCUAACUUCUCCUUUUCUUUUUUUUUUCUCUCUUACAUAGAUAUUUUUUACUUCAUUAAAACAUUUCAAUCAUGUUUUGUUUUUAAUUAAUUAAUACAUGUGAAAUCAGUCAUUCAAAACAUAAUUCCAAAACACAGGGAGAGUUUAACUUGCACACUUUGGCUCUUUAGCUCCCCCACCAUUUUUUGUUGUCGAGGAGUGAGUAAAACCAGCGAAUCAUUCACUAAAAAUGGAGAUUGAGUACACCAAAUAUGAUACCCUUUUAUUUGAUCUUGAUGAUACCCUCUAUCCAUUGAGCUCUGGGAUUGCUAGAGAAUGUGGACAGAACAUCAAAGAUUACAUGGUGGAGAAGCUUGGAAUAGACAAGAGUAAGAUCUUGGAAUUGUCUAAUUCACUUUACAAGAAUUACGGAACUACCAUGGCCGGUCUCCGAGCCAUAGGUUAUGACUUUGACUACCACGAGUAUCACAGUUACGUGCAUGGGAGGCUACCUUAUGAUAACAUCAAGCCGGAUCCCGUUUUGAGAACUCUUUUACUUAGCCUGCCUCUUCGCAAGAUCAUCUUCACGAACGCUGAUAAGUUACACGCAGCUAGAGCCCUGGAGAGGCUAGGGCUAGAGGACUGUUUCGAAGGAAUAGUUUGCUUUGAGUCAUUGAACUCUACAAACCGCGACAACAUUCAUAACAACGAUGAGAUCUUCGACAUCAUCACAUACUUAUCGUCUGGUCAUGAAAAUUCACCCUCUGGUUUGCCUAAAACACCAAUUGUCUGCAAACCGUCUGAAACCGCGAUAGUAAAGGCUAUUGAAAUCGCCAACAUUGAUCCUCAAAGAACUUUGUUCUUCGAAGACAGUGUUAGAAACAUUCAAGCUGGUAAACGAGUCGGUCUGAGUACCGUUCUGGUGGGGACUUCGCAGAGAGUGAAGUGUGCAGAUUAUGCGGUAGAGAAUAUCCAUAACCUGAAAGAGGCUUUGCCUGAGCUCUGGGAAUUGGAGGCUAAGCCUGAAAAAGUUAGGUACUCCGGCAAGCUUGCCGUUGAGACUACGGUUAUAGCGUAAUCAACACGCAUUUCCUUAUUUUGGAAAAUUCCGGCAGAGAAUUGAUUGUUAUAGUUUCUCUUUUGUAAUAAUCUCUGCUUUUUUAUUUUGUAAAUAACAUCUUCCUCUUAUUAUUAUGAAUUGAUUAAUAAAUAAAUAGAAAAUAUAA